AUGGUGAAGUUCUCGAACGGAGAGAUGGCCAUAAGAGAAAUGACCACAGGACAUGAAUCCUUAAACGCGAAGCUCAACACAAAUGUUGAAAAUCCUUGGUUUGUUUUUGGCGUUUCAUACCCUGGAGCUCUUAGUGCAUGGUUCCGUCUGAAGUUUCCUCACCUAACAUGUGGAAGUUUUGCAAGUUCUGCAGUUGUUCUUGCUGUUUACAACUUCACUGAAUUUGACCAGCAGAUUGGUGAGUUAGCAGGUCUAGAAUGUAAAGCUGUGUUACAAGAAGUUAAUCAACUUGUUGAACAAAGGCUUUCAUCAAAUGCAAAAGAACUGAAGACACUUUUUGACGCAGCUGAGUUUCAAUACGGAAAUGCUAAUAAACUAUGUUCCCCUCUUAUUGAUGCCAAGAAGGCUGGGGAGGAUUUGUUGCGUAUCCACAAAGUAUGUUCAUAA